AUGAAGCGCAAACACGCAGACUCCCUAUCCUCUAAACCUCAUGAUGAAAUCACCAUCCGUGGCGACAUCGACUCCGCCGAAACACGCGUCGCGACAGACAAACGAUUCGAGUCGCUCUAUGUGAAAUCACGAGAUUUUAAAGAUCUGGCAGUCCUCGAUGCCGACUUUGCAGCUGUCGUCAAGGGUCGUCAUCUCGAUUUCGAAGAUGCCAGGGCUGUCAAGCAACUCACAAAGACGUUGCUCAGACUAGACUUUGGUCUUGUCAUUGACCUGCCCGAUGACAGACUGUGUCCUCCUCGUCCCUGGUCCUUCAUCGCCACGGACAUUGAUGAGAAGAACAUCACCUACGCCCGGAAAAAUAUCCAUCUCAACAACCUCGACUCGCGCAUAACCGUCCUCCGCCGUCAACCAGACGACACCCUCAUCCCUGCAACCUCCACGAGCAUAGACUUCUGCAUGACCAACCCGCCCUUCUACGAGUCUGAAUCCGACAUGGCUACCCGUGCCGCCCAGAAAUCUCGCCCGCCAUCCACUGCCUGUACAGGCCACCCGGUGGAAAUGGUCACCCGGGGCGGCGAAGUCGCCUUCGUCAACCGCAUCGUCACCGAGUCGCUCACCCUGCGCACCAGCGUGGCAUGGUACACGGCCAUGCUGGGCUUCCUGUCGAGCGUCACGGCCGUGCUGUCCCGUCUGCGCGAUCUGGGGGUGGACAAUGUCGCCGUCACAGAGUUCGUCCAGGGGUCCAAGACGCGUCGGUGGGCCGUGGCUUGGAGCUUUCGACCCAUGAGACCUGCGCAGGCUGUUGCGCGGGGCACGAAUUCCAUAGACGACAGGUCUCUCCUGCCGCCGCACACAGAGGCACAUCGCCUCGUGGUCGUGCCACUCUCAGACGGCAUCCUGGCCUCUCUCCCCGGUGCUCUUGAGGAGGUACUCGGUCAACUCGAUCUGGUCAGUUGGUCGUGGGAUAAGCACAAACUGCAGGGUACCGGACGCGCUGUGGGCAAUGUCUGGAACAGAGCGUGGAGGAGGAGGCAGAGGCAGAUGCAGCGCACAGCGGACGUGACCGACGACGACCCCGACGAGAUCGGCUUCGGAUUCAGCGUCUCUAUUCACGUCGGCAGAGAUGACGUCAGUGUUGACUGCCGCUGGCUCGAGGGCCACAAUCCUGUCAUCUUUGAGAGCUUCCAGGCGUUUCUUAAGACGACGGUCGAAUCUCUUGCGAAGAGGUGA